AAUUGUUGACUGUAUAGCUUUAGUUUAUUUAUCAUUUUACAAGUAAUUAAAGUACUAAUUAUUCCUUAAUUUUAGCUUUGUGCUUUUGAAAGUAGAUUACUCGUAAAGAAUAUGCUUUACCUUGCAUGGAAUCUUGGUCAGGAUUUUAAUUAUACGAGUGUUUGUUUUUCAAUAAUUCUAUGUGAUUGGUUGGACUCUUAAUCUGUAUUUUCUUGAUUAAACAUUAACUUGGAACUUUAUUAGCGUUGUUCAAAAUAAGUUGGUAGCAAUAAUGAAAGUAAACAUUGCUUGUAUUAGUAUUAUGACAUGAAGGCCGUGUUCAGCAACAACAAUAAUUUGUACACAUGAUUGAGACAACUAAAAACUACUCAAAUGCUAUACCACGUACAAAGUAUUUCAAAGAAUUCAUCCUUGGUCUAGCUCAAAAUGUUCCAUUCUCCAUAAUAAUGAAGUUCUAAUCUACCUGAUCUGUUGAUCAAAGUAUAUAUAAACUCUAUUUUUCAACAAAAUAUUUUAAGGUUGACUAAUGAGAAUGAAAUUCUGAUUCAAUAGGGUGCCUUUUCCUAACCUUUCAACAACAACUACCAAAAAAAUACUAACUACUAAUUAAGUUGAGGGUAACUUUAUAAGUCCCUAGUAAAAAAAUCCUUUAAGUACUCCAUUAACACUUUAUACCUACCAAGCUAAGAGGAUUAGGAAUAUCAUCCUUGUUGCACCUGUUAGAUUAAGUAGAACACAUCAAUGAAAACUACUUAAUUAGUAAACUAAACAAUUAAUUACUAUAUAUAAUUAAGCAAGACCAUACUUUUGAAUUCUAAAUUUCUUUCUUUAUUUCUCAAUUUUUGUUCCCUUUAGAAAGCAGGAAUUCUAGAAGUUUUAGUCAUGGCCAUCAUAAUCAUAUGUAAACAUUAAUAAUCUAAUAGCGUUUCCUUGACUUUGCUAUAAUUUUGGCAAUUACAUGUAAGCUUCUACGCGGUUGCUUACUACUUUUACAUUCUUAAUUCAUGUUUCCCUCUCUUUUUCAUUCUAUAAAUAUGUCAUUUUUGAGCUGUGAAUAAGUUACUCCAACCAUUUGGUCAUCACUCUUUUUUAGAAUUUGCGAAUUUGAAUAACUCAUUGUUUUGGAUGGUGUUGAAGAGGGUUUUUUCAGGUGAAGUGGAGAAUGAUAAUCCUCACUUUCAAACUACUCAACAACAAAAUCAACGUUUUAAGUUUACCAAGUGUAUUUGCAAAGAUAAGAAAUGGCUGCAAGCAUAUUCUGCCCAGUUGGAGAAUUCAAUCCGAAAAGUGGUAAGGGAGGAAGUAGAGCUGGCCAUACAACACUCUUACCACUCUAUACUAAGGUUGAUGCCAAGUCAGGUUAAGCCAAGUGAAUCAAGAAAGUUAAAGCUGCAGUUUGAGGACAAGUUACCUAAUAAACUUUUUACUGGGAACAAGGUAGAAGCUGAAGGGCCUUUACCAAUCAAAAUUUACUUACUUGAUGCGGUUACUGGGCAUCGAGUAACUGAUGGUCCUCUGUCAUCAGUGAAAGUGAAAAUUGUUGUUCUUCAUGGACAUUUCAAGGCUGAGGAACUAGAUAAUUGGACAGAAGAAGAGUUUGACAACAAUAUUGUGUUUGAGAGGGAUGGUAAAAGGCCAUUGUUGAUUGGACAGCAUGUAUUUUCAUUGCAAAAUGGGGUCGGCUGGAUUGGUGAUAUAUGCUUUACAGAUAACUCAAGCUGGGAAAGAAGCAAGAUGUUCAGGCUUGGGGCUAAAGUUGAAGCCAAAGGACACCAAGUGAGGGAAGGGGUAAGUAGUCCUUUUGAAGUGAAAGAUCGGCGUGGAGAGAUUUACCAGAAGCACAAGAUUCCGGCUCCAGAAGAUGAAGUCUGGCGCUUGUGCUGGAUAGCAAAAGAUGGGAAGAUAUGCAAAAGGUUGGCUGAACAUAAUAUUUACAAAGUGAAGGAUUUCGUGAAACAAUAUUACCUUGAUGAGUCCUUACUCCGCCAAAUUCUGAAUGUAACACCGAAAAAAUGGGAAACAAUAAUUCAACGUGCUACUUCAUGCUUUUCAGGGGAUUCUAAUCAAAGUCUGAGUGACUCGGCACCAAUUGAUGCUCCUAUUAUCAAUACAAUUUGCCCAAUUACAGUUCCUGGCUUGAACAUGCAGCAAUUCUGUAUGCCUCCGUCUUGCUAUGAUCUACCAGAGAAUCAAAUGUCACAUUACCAUACAGAGGAUUAUAGCCAUCAUCUGCAUCAAUCCAUGGUUCUGAACAAUCCAUUACUUAAGGAUUUUUUAGCUGGAUCAUGUAGUGAGGAUGGAAGUCUUCCAUCUCUGGAAGACUGUAUGCUACCACCCUUCCCUAAUAUGUUCCACUUUGAAACCUCAAGUUGGUUUCCUGCUUCUCAAUUGAUGGGAGAAGAAGGAAAUAACAGUGAUUAUAUGGGUUUUAGCCAUAACUCUGAUAUAGGGAUGCCCUCCUUCACCUCUACUGUGAAUGCUAAUGCUUCAGAAAUUACAAAGCCGAAAGGAUGGAGCAAGGUUCGAGCUAUUAUGAGGGUAAAAGUUAAGCAUGAUGAAGCUGUCAGGAAAGGAAAGUUUCCGUGUUUCAGUCAGUAGGCAGCUUACCCCUUGAAUAUUUGAAGGGGUAAGCCAGUAGGCCAUUAUGGAGGAGGGAAACUUGCGAAGGAUUUCUCCUUUGAUGUUUGAUAUGUUCCUAAAUGUAUUUGAAGUGCCAAAUCAUGGUUCUUUGUAUUGUAAUUGGGUUUACCCUAUGAUUCCAGAUGUAAGUAGUCUUGGUUUUGUGCUAGCUAGGCACAUAACAUAAAUGUAUAGCUAAGCCCUUUAAUCUAUGAUGUAUAAUAGUUUGUCAUGUGUUGGUAUCCUAAACAUCUGGAUAAGUGGAUAAUAUAUGAAUCCCAUAAUUAUAUCGUUAAUCUCAUCGAAAUGUAUGUUGUAUAAAUUUCUUGCAGUUUGCCUGUAAAUCUCCUUACUAUCCAAGCUGGGUAAUUGUACUUCUACUACUGUCAAGUAUGUUGAUACAGACUGUUUUGCUGCUGAUCUAAUUU